AAUUGAUUAUUGAUGUUGUUUCCCAUGUCCUCAACUCUUUGAGCAACUGUUCUUGCUGAAAGGCUGAUAGUCUUAAGCAGGUUUGUUUUUUUCUCAGCACAUUUCUUUGGCCGUGCAAACAUCCGUGUAAACUGAGGGACUGUCUAGGAUCUUGAGCAGAGAAGUGGUGCGUCUGAUUGAGAGUCUGAGUCACGUGCGGCGUUGGGAACAGGCGCUGGGGUGGCCAGGGUGGGAGCAGGGAGGCCAGUGCUGUGUGGGCGUGGCUGCUGCCGUCAUCUUUCGGCUCGGGUCAGCCUGGUGCUGGGGGAUGUGACGCCAAGGGCAGUUUCGGGGCGUGUUUUGCAGGAAAAGGCGACCAGAUUGGGUGGGGAGCGUGGGAGGAAAGGUUAGGGAUGACACCCUCAGCAGCUGGCUGACAGGGCGUUGACCGCGUGCGGAAGGGUCGUGUUGGAAGGCCACGCCUGAGCUUUGAGGGGUCUGCUGGGCAGUUUACGCCGCUCUCUUUGGCGACGUUUCACUGCUCUGAGCGGGCUAGCAGCUCAGAGCAUACGGUGCAUCUGUCACGGUUUGGUCAGGAAAACAGAAGCCACUCUAGACUUUUUUUCAAUAUAGGAACUAGAAUCCAUCACUUCUGUUGCCAUAGGGCUGGCAGGGUUGAAGGUCAAGGAAGCAGCCAUUACAGUGAGUGUGUCCCAGGAGCUCAUCUGGAAUCAGUAGUGAUCUGGACAGUUGGAGCCGCUGCUGCUGAUCUCAGUGGUUGAAGCAGGUGGUUCCUGGGGUCUCCCUCUGGGACCACUGGGAAUUCUCUGUGGAAGCCACUCUAUCUCUUAGCUGCCACAGUUGGCGAAUUCUUUUUUCUCCCUACGCAUCGACCUGCAGCUAUGCUUCUGCCCACAGCUGCCUCCUGAGAGUACUUUUCUCACUCAUCUUACCAGUCUUGCACAAGUGCCUCUUAUUAGUUACAUCCAGCCCUGAGUCAUGGCAGUAGGGGGUUUUGGGAAACCCAGUUCUGGCUUCUUCUCUGUGAUGCACAGGAGAAGGUGGAAGGUGGUGGCUGCGAUGCAGGGUUGACAGCAGUCCGUCCAGGACAACAACUGGGCAGCAGGUCUGAACUAGAGACGCAUUUUAGAGUUAGCAGGAGACAGCAUUCAGAGUGAGCUUGCCUGGGAGGUAAGCACAGCUAAGAGGAGAACAGACAGAGUCCUGGGGGCUCCGGAAUUGACUGGUUAGAGAGAGGAGGAGGCACCUGUGAGCUGAGAAGAAAGCAGGGGAAGACGGCAUCCUGGGAGCCAAGAGGAGGGGAGAGGAAGUGACCGACUCUUGUCAGGUUCUUUCUGACCGCUAUGGAAAGAGGAAAGAGAAACUAGGAGUAUUUGUAAAUCAUCGUUUGACUUCGUCACAGAGUUAUGGUGGCCUUCUGAACUAAUAUGACAGAUACCUAGCAUCUAGCAAAAUAAUGGCAGCUGCUUACCUUGACCCAAACUUGAAUCACACACCGAAUUCAAGUACCAAGACUCACCUGGGUACCGGUGUAGAACGUUCCCCUGGGGCCAUGGAGCGAGUGUUGAAGGUCUUUCAUUAUUUUGAAAGCAACAGUGAGCCAACCACUUGGGCCAGUAUUAUCAGGCAUGGAGACGCUACUGACGUCAGGGGCAUCAUUCAGAAGAUAGUGGACAGUCACAAAGUAAAGCACGUGGCCUGCUAUGGAUUUCGCCUCAGUCACCUGCGGUCAGAGGAGGUUCACUGGCUCCAUUUGGAUAUGGGUGUCUCCAAUGUGAGGGAGAAGUAUGAACUUGCACACCCACCAGAGGAGUGGAAAUAUGAAUUGAGAAUUCGUUAUUUGCCAAAAGGAUUUCUAAACCAGUUUACUGAAGACAAGCCAACUCUGAAUUUCUUCUAUCAACAGGUGAAGAGCGAUUAUAUGUUGGAGGUCGCUGAUCAAGUGGACCAGGACAUUGCUUUGAAGUUGGGUUGUCUAGAAAUACGGCGGUCGUACUGGGAGAUGCGGGGCAACGCCCUGGAGAAGAAGUCUAACUAUGAAGUAUUAGAAAAAGAUGUUGGUUUGAAGCGAUUUUUUCCUAGGAGUUUACUGGACUCAGUCAAGGCCAAAACACUAAGAAAAUUGAUUCAACAAACAUUUAGACAGUUUGCCAACCUUAAUAGAGAAGAAAGUAUUUUGAAAUUCUUUGAGAUCCUCUCCCCAGUGUACAGAUUUGAUAAAGAAUGCUUCAAGUGUGCCCUUGGUUCGAGCUGGAUUAUUUCGGUGGAGCUGGCGAUUGGCCCCGAAGAAGGGAUCAGUUACCUCACAGACAAGGGCUGCAACCCCACACACCUGGCCGACUUCAAUCAAGUGCAGACCAUUCAGUAUUCAAACAGCGAAGACAAGGACAGGAAGGGGACACUGCAGCUGAAGAUUGCAGGAGCGCCUGAGCCUCUGACGGUGACAGCACCGUCCCUGACCAUUGCCGAGAACAUGGCCGACCUGAUAGAUGGGUACUGCCGGCUGGUGCACGGGGCCACGCAGUCUUUCAUCAUCAGGCCUCAGAAAGAAGGUGAACGGGCUUUGCCGUCGAUACCAAAGCUGGCCAACAGCGAGAAGCAGGGCGUUCGGACCCACGCUGUCUCUGUGUCAGAUGAAAUUAGUGGGGACGAAACAGACGACUAUGCUGAGAUCAUCGACGAGGAAGAUACCUACACCAUGCCCUCGAAAAGCUAUGGAAUAGAUGAAGCCAGGGACUAUGAGAUUCAGAGAGAAAGAAUAGAACUGGGACGGUGCAUCGGAGAGGGCCAGUUCGGAGACGUGCACCAAGGCGCUUACACGAGCCCGGAGAAUCCAGCUUUGGCGGUUGCAAUUAAAACAUGUAAAAACUGUACUUCGGACAGCGUGAGAGAGAAAUUCCUUCAAGAAGCCUUAACGAUGCGUCAGUUUGACCACCCUCACAUUGUGAAGCUGAUCGGAGUCAUCACAGAGAACCCCGUCUGGAUCAUCAUGGAGCUGUGUACGCUCGGAGAGCUGAGGUCAUUUCUGCAAGUAAGGAAAUACAGUUUGGAUCUAGCAUCUCUGAUCCUCUAUGCCUAUCAGCUUAGCACAGCCCUUGCGUACCUAGAGAGCAAAAGAUUUGUGCACAGGGACAUUGCUGCUCGGAAUGUUCUGGUGUCCUCAAACGAUUGUGUAAAAUUAGGAGACUUCGGAUUAUCCCGAUAUAUGGAAGACAGUACUUACUACAAAGCUUCCAAAGGAAAAUUGCCUAUUAAAUGGAUGGCUCCAGAGUCAAUCAAUUUUCGCCGUUUUACCUCAGCUAGUGACGUAUGGAUGUUUGGUGUGUGUAUGUGGGAGAUACUGAUGCACGGUGUGAAGCCCUUUCAAGGCGUGAAGAACAAUGAUGUGAUUGGUCGCAUUGAGAACGGGGAGAGGUUGCCCAUGCCUCCGAACUGCCCUCCCACCCUCUACAGCCUCAUGACCAAGUGCUGGGCCUACGACCCCAGCCGGCGGCCUCGCUUCACUGAGCUCAAAGCUCAGCUCAGCACAAUCCUGGAGGAAGAGAAGGUCCAGCAAGAAGAACGGAUGAGGAUGGAGUCCAGAAGGCAGGUCACAGUGUCCUGGGACUCUGGAGGGUCCGACGAAGCACCACCCAAGCCCAGCAGACCUGGUUAUCCUAGUCCGAGGUCCAGCGAAGGGUUUCAUCCCAGCCCACAGCACAUGGUACAGACCAAUCACUACCAGGUCUCCGGCUACCCUGGCUCACAUGGAAUCACAGCCGUGGCUGGCAGCAUCUACCCAGGCCAGGCAUCUCUUUUGGACCAAACAGAUUCGUGGAAUCACAGACCACAGGAGAUAUCGAUGUGGCAGCCCAACGUGGAGGACUCUGCAACACUGGACCUGCGUGGCAUCGGGCAGGUGCUGCCGACCCACCUGAUGGAGGAGCGGCUGAUCCGGCAGCAGCAGGAGAUGGAAGAGGACCAGCGCUGGCUGGAGAAGGAGGAGAGGUUUCUGAAACCUGACGUGCGGCUCUCUCGAGGCAGCAUCGACAGGGAGGAUGGAGGUCCUCAGGGCCCGACUGGAAACCAGCACAUAUAUCAGCCUGUGGGCAAACCAGAUCCUGCAGCUCCACCAAAGAAACCACCGCGUCCCGGAGCCCCUGGGCACCUGAGCAGCCUUGCCAGCCUCGGCAGCCCCGGAGACAAUUACAACGAGGGUGUCAAGCCGUGGAGGCUUCAGCCCCAGGAAAUCAGCCCCCCUCCCACUGCCAACCUGGACCGGUCCAAUGACAGGGUGUAUGAGAACGUGACGGGCCUGGUGAGAGCGGUCAUCGAGAUGUCCAGCAAGAUCCAGCCAGCCCCGCCAGAGGAGUAUGUCCCCAUGGUGAAGGAAGUCGGCUUGGCCCUGAGGACGCUGUUGGCCACCGUGGAUGAGACCAUUCCCGUCCUGCCCGCCAGCACCCACCGAGAGAUUGAGAUGGCCCAGAAGCUGCUGAACUCCGACCUGGGGGAGCUCAUCAGCAAGAUGAAGCUGGCCCAGCAGUAUGUCAUGACCAGCCUGCAGCAGGAGUACAAGAAGCGGAUGCUGACGGCCGCACACGCCCUGGCCGUGGACGCCAAGAACCUGCUCGACGUCAUCGACCAGGCCAGGAUGAAGGCCCUGGGGCAGGCGAGGCCACGCUGAGCGCCGGGGCCUGCUCCCCCCUCCGCCGCCACCAGCAGCGAGGCUCUGGCCGGCCGUGGGCGCCAGCACUCACAGCGCCAGCACUCUGGCCGAGGCUGGUUGAAAAUCUCACAUAAGUUUAACCGCAUUUUGAUGUGGGUUGUUUUGGUUUUGGUUCUUUAAUCAUGGUGUUCAGAAAAGUCCGGGAUCCAAAAUGUGGCAUUUUUCUGAGAAUAAAAAUUGUACAUGAGAAGCUUUUAAAGAAUCAUGAAGAACAGAUUUUGUUCACAUCAGGAUAUGCUUUCGUGGAAGCGGCCAGGGCAGUGAUGCACUGGUUCCUGAACUGGCCGGACUGGUCCUUGGAAGAAGACAGGAGGAAGUGGAGGAUUCCAGGAAACCCAAGGGGCUGAGAAUCCCUUUGCCAACCGCAGACUUACUACCCAGGCUGGAAUUUUUGUCAUUAGAACACUGUUCAUUUGCAAUAUGCUAAUACCACUUUACAAAGAAAGAAUAUAAAAGCUAUAUUUUGAAGACUUGAGUAAUUUCAGAAAAAAACUACAACCCUCUUGUCUUUCCUGCCUUUUACUUUCAUGUGAGUAUGUGAAGCAUUUGGUUGGAAACUAGCUGUAGAACACACUAAAAACGUUUGUCUUUUUCCACCAGAAUAAUGUGCCGGUUUUUUGUAGUGCUGUUAUUUCUCUUGGAAGCAGAAAUGCUUUGUACCGGAGCACCUCCGAACCGCAUUGAGAAGAAGUUCUGGAACCAUCCCUGUGUUCCAUUUUUAUAUAAUUUAUAAAGAAAGAUUAAAGCCAUGUUGACUAUUUCACAGCCACUGGAGUUAACUAACCCUUCAUUGCGUCUGUCUUCCCAGGAAGGAAUUGGGCAAAACAGAGAUUUGGUUUCCUUUUGAUGUCCAGUUUUACCAUCCAUUCUGUUAAAUAAUUUUGAAAAAUACGCCCUCUCUUUAGUUUGUUGGGGGAAAUAAAUUAUUCUCAGGAAGAAUAUAAUGAACUGUACAGUUACUUUGACCUAUUAAAAAGGUGUUACCAGUAAA